UCCAAGGGGAGGUGGAGGUGGAGGUGGAGGAGGGAGGGGGGAGGGGGUGAUGCCGCUGCCGGGUCUGCAGGUGCUGAGGGAGGCCGCCGGCGGCCUCAUGCGAGGCAAGGAGACCCCGGUGAUUCUGGAGCUGGAGGAGUCGCUGCGGGCCAAGGGCGACAUGACCCGCGACGAGGAGCUCAAGAUAUCGGUCUCUAAGGCGAUCGUGACCGUGUCCAAGGCCUUCACCACCGCGACGAGCUCUAUCGUGGUGUACUAUAGUCUCGGCGUUGGACCUAAAUUAUUUGGCAACCCACCUCUUCCCCGAGUACCAAGAAUCUGCAUGGCUGCUGGCAGUGCAUGGUUAUGUGGAAAGUUGAUGUAUUAUACAGCCUUGCAAGCAAGUUCUGAAUACAUUUUGAAAGGUGGAGAAGAACGCAUGAAGAUGGAGCUAGCUAACAUAAUACUUAAUAAGCAUAGUGAUGAAAGAACACUGGUUGAAGCUGUAAAAGAGCAUUUCUUUGCUGAGCAUCUAUUUAGUGACCAGUAUCAAGAUAGGCCUCUUUUCAGGUGGCGUCUCCGCCAUACCUAUGUCGACCAUUCUUUUAUGGAAAGGGUCAAGGAGAUUGAAGUUAACAGCUCAGAUGAGGGAUCUGGAUCAAUUUCUGGACAAAGAACCACAAACAUUGGAUCAUUUGGAGACCUCAUGGAGGACCCACUGGCUUGUAUACUUGGAUCUCCAGACGGCAACACAGAAAGCAGCAAGUUCGCUGAGGACAGAGGUACAAUCGUGACGAGAAGGGAGGUCCAAGCCCACAGAAGAAGUUACCGGCAUCAUCGUCGACAUGCUCACAAAGCUUCUGUAGUAUGACUUGUGAUAUCUAUAUCAGAGAUUGAGGGUUGUUAAUGCUAGGAUUAUCAUUCGAACUUUCAGUGAGACAACCAAUAGGAGUGGAUUCCUGGGAUGAUUAUUCUCGUCCACGACCAGAAUGAACCCCAUACGGAUGUUUGAUGUUUCUGCAAUGUCUAGAGUUUCUGUUUGGCGCAUUGCAGCCUUGAACUUCAACUGAAACAUAUGUUUUUGGCUUACAAUUUGAUCGUUACAAAUUGCCUGAAACCUAUUGUGCCCAGCUGCAGUGCUGCGCCUGUGCACCUGCGGAUUGCAGCCUUGUACUCCAACUGAAACAUUUGAUCCUUUUUCUUUUCCUGGUUGAAAAUGCUUCAUGCUGAAUGGAUCAACUUAAAACUUGUUGUGUCUCUGAUUACUGUGAGUG